AUGAAUUUGUGGGUCCUUCGGUACACGAAGAGAUCUCUCGACACGGAUUUACGUUGCACUGCUCGUCUGUCGACAGCUCAAGAUCGUAAUCGCACCCAGGAUCCUCGUUUUCUUCUUUGUUUAAGAUUAGAACAAACCACCUGUACCGCCGUCCUGAAUCUCAUAGUCCGUUGACAUCGAGUGGUUGAGUUGUUGGAGUAGGGAGGACAGCGGGAGCCAGGCCGACAGCGUUCAGGUUGUUGAGCUCUCCGGAAGCUCGGGUGCUAAGAGGGCAGUCGAUUUCUCACAUUGGGGAGGAGCUUUGACGGGGUUCGCGCCAUGGGUUUGGAGGUGCAGAGACCGCUCAUGGAGGCUUGGUACAUGGAUGAUUCAGCGGAAGACCAACGAAUGCCUCACCAUCGCAACCCACCUGAGUAUGUUUCUUUGAAAAAGCUUGCAGAGCUUGGUAUUUUACAUUGGGUUCUUGAUGCUGAUAAUUAUGAAACGGAUCCUGACCUGAAACACAUCCGGAAAGAAAGAGGGUAUAGUUAUGAGGAUUUUGUGGAUGUGUCUCCUGAAGCGUUACCCAAUUAUGAGACGAAAAUAAAAAACUUCUAUGAGGAGCACAUUCAUACGGAUGAAGAGAUCCGUUAUUGCCUGGAUGGCAGUGGCUACUUUGAUGUUCGCGACCCAGAAGACCGUUGGAUUCGAAUAUGGGUGCAUAAAGGAGACAUGAUUGUGUUGCCCGCAGGAUGUUACCAUCGGUUCUCUCUGGACGCGAACAAUUAUCUCAAGGCAAUGAGGCUGUUUGUAGGUGAACCAAUCUGGACCCCAUAUAACCGACCUCAAGAUGAGCAUCCCGUUAGGAAGGAAUAUAUCAAUCUCUUUCUCAAGCCUCAUCUCGACAAAUCAGACCUGUCAUUGGCAACACAAAACGCGGAAACUGUCUAAAGAUGAAGUUGUUCAGUACGCUUUCUAACAGAGAAUCUCAACGGUGCCUUUUCGCAUAAACUUCUAUCCUGAUACGGGAAUCCCACAGAGGCGAUUCAUUACGUACAUGUUAUGAAGAGGGUGUUUUCAGUUGAAUUGUAGAUACUCAAUACUUUUGAAACCCAAUACUUCGGGUUUUGGCUACAUACACAUCUCAUUGUAAUCGAACUUGUGCAAGUGGAGCUUAAUAGGAAAGUGGUGCUUUUGAUCAUA